CAACUCCGGGCCUCUUGUGCAUGUCUGGCAGACGUCAGUUUGGUAACCUCGGCGGACACCCUCAGCGAUUCCGUCACAAGCCGCAUUGUGGUUGUGGUUUCCCUCAGAGGGCAGCUCUGGUCUUGACGGCAAUAUAUAAUAACAUCAUUGAGCACCUCAAAGCUCUGUCGCGCACCUUUAACUUCAACUCCACCUGAUUCGAGGUCCACGGCACCUGACGGCGAAAAUGUCCGAGAAGGGAGACUUCGACACCAACGUGCUGACCCUCACCAGGUUUGUGCUGGAGGAGGGCAGGAAGGCCCACGGAACAGGCGAGCUCACCAACCUGCUCAACUCCAUCUGCACGGCCGUCAAAGCCAUCUCCACCGCUGUCAGGAAGGCCGGCAUCGCCAACUUGUACGGUAUCGCCGGUAGCACCAAUGUGACGGGAGACCAGGUGAAAAAGUUGGACGUGCUGUCCAACGACCUGGUCAUCAACAUGCUCAAGUCAUCCUUCAGCUCCUGCGUGCUGGUGUCCGAAGAAGAUGAGCAUGCUAUCGUCGUCGAGUCGGACAAGAGCGGCAAAUACAUCGUCUGCUUUGACCCGCUGGACGGUUCCUCGAACAUCGAUUGUCUGGUCUCCAUUGGUACCAUCUUUGCUAUCUACAAGAAGACCACAGACGACGCGCCCAACGAGAAGGACGCCCUGCAGCCGGGGAGGAACCUGGUCGCCGCCGGUUACGCUCUGUACGGUAGCGCCACCAUGCUGGUCCUGUCUACCGGGCAAGGUGUCAACUGCUUCAUGCUUGACCCGGCCAUCGGGGAGUUCAUCCUGGUGGAUCGAGACGUAAAAAUCAAGAAGAAAGGGAAAAUCUACAGCUUGAAUGAAGGAUACGCUCAGCAUUUUUACCCUGAUGUGACGGAAUAUAUUCAGAAGAAAAAGUUCCCUGAGGACGGUUCUGCUCCAUACGGCAGCCGCUAUAUCGGCUCCAUGGUAGCAGAUGUCCAUCGCACGUUGGUGUACGGCGGCAUCUUUUUAUACCCUGCCAACACCAAGAGCCCAAAAGGAAAGCUGCGACUACUCUACGAGUGCAACCCCAUGUCGUUCAUCGUGGAGCAGGCGGGCGGCAUGGCCACCACGGGGGCCGGCAACAUUCUGGACAUCCAGCCCACCAACAUCCACCAGAGGGUCCCCGUGGUGCUGGGCUCGCCCGAUGACGUGCAGGAGUACAUUGCCAUCUAUAAGAAGCAUCACAAAUGAGUCUGGUUCUUCGGCUCAUCGCCUGGAUCGCACUGAAACCGCAAGCUGACAACCUCUGGGGAAUUGCAGAUUCCAACGACGACGCAUGUCACUUUUUCACUUCACUUCGAUUUGUUUCGAUAAAAAAA